AUGCCCAGGCUGCACCGGAUGAAGAAGCCUUUGGUACUAUGGAAAUUAAAUGUAGCCAUCUGGGAAAUGAAGUCUUCUCUUUUUAUGCUCAAGGGCAGCCCAUUAAUCAGGCAGCGGAUUGUCAAACCUACCUGCUUGAAGCAUCUUUCUUAUCUGCUGCAGGUGCAGAGCCAGCUUGAUUCAGAAAAUUUGCCCAAAAGUAGAGGGCCACUUUGGCUUUAUAGCGGAUCCGGCGAAUAUUUAUUUAGCCUUAGAGUCGGCGGCUAUCCCCUCAUCUUUGUCGUUGGUGGUAAUUGUGUUUCAGCUCUAUCAAUGGUCUGA